CCUGAUGCACAAAACUUGGUACAAGUGCAAAGCAAUUAUCUAUUACAAUUUUACUCGACCGUAUUACAUUUAAGAGGACCUAGUGUUGUUCCUCAGCCUCUUCAGGAUACAGAUCAUAACAUACUCUGUUGGAAUGGAGAGAUAUUUGAUGGAAUUCAGAUUGCAUCUGGACAGAAUGAUACACAAGUCUUGAUGGAUCAAUUACAAGCAACCACGACAGAACAAGCCAUCUUGAAUGUCAUGCAGACAAUAGAAGGCCCAUAUGCAUUCGUGUAUUAUAGAGCAUCGACCAACAAAGUCUAUUUUAGUCGAGACUGUUUAGGACGUCGAUCCCUUUUAUGGCAUCAGUCAGACCACAGCUUGUUGUUAAGUUCAGUAGGCAGAUCAAGUGAUUGGAAGGAAGUGCCUGCCAAUGGCAUCUAUAGCGUAGAUCUCACUCAGUCAAUGACACCUCAACUAAUUCCUUGGACCUAUGAACCAAGUCCAUUGAUGUAUCCUUUUCCUAGACUCAAUACAGAGAUGCCAUCCCUUGACGAUGUCGUCGAUCCCAAUACAGUGCCAUAUAUUGAUCCAUCAAUGCAAGAGGCCAUCACAACAUUGACUCGUAUACUCAGCCAUUCCGUUCAACAGAGAGUAGCAGAUAUACCUCAUUUAGAUGUCAAGGGACAACAAGCCCGUGUAGCUAUUUUAUUCUCGGGUGGAUUGGACUGCAUCUGUUUAGCUGCAUUAGCCCAUCGACACUUGCCACCUUCAGAAUCCAUCGAUUUACUGAAUGUGGCAUUUGAAAACCCCCGUGCACAAAAGAACAAGCUUCAUCCCAUGUACGAUACACCUGAUAGAAUAACGGGUAGAGCAGGUCUAGAAGAACUCAGGCAGAUAGCACCUGAGCGUACAUGGCAUUUUGUUGAGAUCAAUGUACCUUAUACUGAAGCUAUGGCCUAUCGACAACGUAUUAUUGAUCGCAUGUUCCCAUUAGACACUGUGAUGGACUUGAGUAUUGCCAUGGCAUUUUGGUUUGCUUCUCGAGGAAAAGGUGUUGUGGAUACAAUGCCAUACCAAAGUCAUGCCCGUGUAUUGAUCUCUGGCUUGGGUGCUGAUGAACAAUUAGGAGGCUAUUCUCGACACCGAGAAGCAUUUCGACAUGGUCAAUGGGAACGAUUGAUACAAGAAGUACACAGUCUAUCAAUAACAACACAAUUCACUAACAAGACACGAUAG